CGUUUACCUGGUAACGGUUGUGGCCGUAUAAUUUACCCCAAAGGCCCCUUUUUCACACUUCUCUCGGCUUAGCAGUAAUGUUAUUCAAAAGCUGAAAGGUACAUCACUGAAUAAGAAGAAUGGAAGAGAUUAAGACCGAACCUGUGGAUUUUGUGAAGGAAUUCCAAGAAUACCUGACACAGCAAACCCAGCAUGUCAACAUGAUCUCUGGCUCGGUUUGUGGAGAAAAAGAGACAGCGGAGCCGUUUCCAGCCGUUGCCCCGAGGAGUGAGCAGAAUGGUCUGGGCCCUCCGUCUGUGGAGGUGAGCCUGUCAGUGGAGGAUGGCUCAGAUGUACAGAUGGACGGUCUGGAGAGGACCUGCGAUGGAAAGUACAAGUGCAGCUACUGUAGCUAUGCCAACAAGGGCAUGGCUCGUUUAAUAGAGCACAUCAGGAUCCACACAGGAGAAAAGCCUCACCGCUGUCAGCUGUGCCCAUUUGCUUCAGCGUAUGAGCGCCACUUGGAAGCCCACAUGCGCUCACACACAGGAGAGAAGCCGUACAAGUGUGACCUCUGCACCUUUCGCUGUAGCGAUCGCAGCAACCUGUCCCACCACCGCCGCCGCCGGCACAAGCUUGUGCCUGCAAGGGUCGUACGCUCUCCCUUCUCCAACAAGAGAAUGUUGACUGCCCUGCAGAAGAGGACGGGCUCGCUCGGCUUCAGUAGGCGACUACUCAUCAAUUUCAGCCCUUCCUCUGUGAUGAUGCCAAAGUCAGAUUACCUGAAUGACAUGUCUCACAAGCCCCACCACCAUUUGAACAGCAGUGAGUACAAGAAUCUUCCCCAGGGGGAUGAGAACGAUAGUUGUGACAGAGGUGCUAAUGGUUUGACGUUUAAUAACCCAUUGGACCAGCUGUCUACACUUGCUGGCCAGUUGGCAGAUCUUCACCCUGAGUCAGAGACUCCUGCAUCCCCAGACAGGGAGUCCUUAAAGGACGAGAAGCCCAUCAUCAUACAGCAGGUCUCUGGUACACCGGUUGCAUUGUGUUCAAAUGGAAUGCAGACUUCCCCACCUACAAAAGAGUCUCCCAUCUCAGGCCACAGGUCCUGCAGUCCCGAGCCUGGCUUCGGCUUUGAGAACAGCGAGAAUGCUCCUACUGCGAGUUUUAGCAACAGCCAGCCGAGCACUCCCACCAAUGUCCUGACCACACCAGACAAACAUCUCUUGCAUAAAUGCCUGCACUGUGAAAUUCAUUUUUCUGACAAUAUUCUCUAUACUAUUCACAUGGGUUGCCAUGGCUACGAACAUCCAUUCAGAUGCAACAUCUGCGGUUACAUGUGCAUAGACAAAUAUGACUUUGCAUGUCAUUUUGCUCGAGGGCAACAUAAAAAGUGAUCUUUUUCCACAAAGCUGCAUGUGCAGUCUUUGAUCCUUGUGUUUUCAGUACAUGUACAGCAUUGAUAGUUAACAGUGAUUCACAUCAGUUUUUAUGUAAAAUGUUCUAUUACUUUUUUGUUUUUCACUUAACUGCACUAUAUUGUUUCCUUAUUGCAGUUCCAUGCGACUCAUAACUUAACAACUCAUAAUGCAUAGAAACAUCUUGUAAUACAGCUUCUCUGCAGUAGAAAAACACAGGGCAUAGUUUGCAGCAUAGCCAGUGUU